UGUUUACAGAAUACCUUUUACUCUGCUGGAAAAAAUUACUUGUUAAGAAUGUGCAACGACCUGCUCAGGAGACUCUCGAAGUCUCAGAAUACAGUGUUUUGUGGACGAAUCCAGCUGUUUUUAGCACGUCUCUUUCCUUUGUCAGAAAAAUCAGGCCUGAACUUACAGAGUCAAUUCAACCUUGAUAACAUCACGGUGUUCAACAAAAAUGAGCAGGAUAGCACACUUGGACUGCAGCACACAGAGGUUAAGGAGGAAGGGAUGGAGGAGGAGGAGGGAGAGAUGGGCGAUGAAGAUGCACCUGCUCCCUGCUCCAUUCCUAUUGACUACAACUUGUACAGAAAAUUCUGGACCCUGCAGGACUAUUUCAGAAACCCUGUACAGUGCUACGACAAGUUCUCAUGGAUGACUUUCCUUAAGAAAGACCUUCCUUCUGAGGAGAUAAAAACAGGCGAGGAGGAUGAUGAUGAGAAUGGAGAUAACCUGUUAAAAGAGAGCAAUGACAGUCCCAGCAUUCAGAGCAAGGCCGUGACCAACAGUCAGAUGGACGAGAUCGCAGCCAAGCUUGGGUCGCAGUGGAAGACGCUGGCAGACCACCUGGAGAUGAGCGAGAAGGAGAUCCGCGUGAUCGAGUCUGACAGCGAGGAUGUAGAACUACAGGCCAAGAUGCUGCUGGUGGCCUGGCAGGACCGAGAAGGCCCUCAAGCUACGAUGGAGAGCCUGGUCACGGCUCUGAACUCAGCUGGUUUCAAUAACAUCACAGAAGGUCUCAGUGAAACAUAACAGCCACAUGUUCUUGUUUUGUUUUAAACUUUGACUGUACUUCAAUGAAAUGCAUUCUUUAGCUACAUUUUUUAAAUAAAUGUUCGUUUGAAAUCGGUCAAUGGUUUUGUUUGUAAAAUACACACAAGAGUGUCAAUGGCAUGUUUAUUUCACCGGUUAUGAAAAGCCAGUAGUCAACUUAUUACAGAGCUCAAGUUCUCUUACUCUGAUUGUAUUUGAGUAUUUAAGGACAGAUGAGUUUACAGUGGCAUUUGUUGCAUGGUAGCUAAAAACAGAAGCAGUAAUUGAGCAUAAAGACAUCCUCUCAAAGUGCUUCGAUAUGAAAUCCACCUUUGAUCAUUUCAAUACACAACACAUCCUUGUAAACAAAUUGCAUUUCUUUUGGUGAGAUCCCAGUAUCACACAACCUCUUCUUGAUGUAUUUAAGUCUGAAACUUGAGGCCAAGAACAUCUUUAUAUACCAAGUCACUACUUCUCCUGCGAGAGGAUACCGUCUAUUGAGUAUGAACACCUUUUCACAGGCUUAAAAAAAAAUAUUCAAUGCAUAUAGAAAACAUUUAUAAAACCAUUGCUCCAAAUCCAAACAAGGAUCGCGUCCAGCAAUCUAUCAUCCAAAAAAGGAAAAAAAAAA